UGCGCAAAGAAGGCAGAAAAUUGUCCGCCUGGACCUCCCGGACCUCAAGGUCCUCAGGGACAACCAGGAAGAGACGGAUUGAAUGGAACUGAUGGGCGCGAUGGACCAUCAGGUGGUAGAUUUAUCUUUGACUCUGACACACCUUCCGGUUGCAUAAGGUGCCCCAAAGGCCCGCCCGGUCUUCCUGGCCGUCAAGGUCCACAAGGGCCUCCUGGAAUACCUGGAAAUCACGGCAUGCGUGGCCCUCCAGGUGACAGCGGAGUUCCCGGAAAGGAGGGACCAGAAGGAGAAAAAGGACCAGCUGGACAUCGUGGACAUCAAGGUCCUCCAGGAGUAGUAGGAAAACAAGGCAUAAUGUAUCUACCUGGUGAAAAGGGGCCGAAAGGCGAGCAAGGUCCAAGAGGACCACCUGGGGAACCCGGGGCGCCAGGAUUCCCUGGUGAAGAAGGUAAACGUGGAGCUGCUGGAUCUCCUGGCUUGCCUGGUAGGCCAGGAAGGAGAGGACAAGAUGGAAAGCCAGGAGAAGAUGGUAAAGAUGGACAGGAUGGAGUGGAUGGACGUUACUGCAAGUGUCCACCGAAGACUAUUCACCCAUAA